UAGGGCAGACUAUGCAUCCCUUCUGUUUCGGGUUGAGUCAAGAAAUGAAUCCCUCAGAGUCAGAAAUGAUCAAAGUAGGGCCUGCUGGAUCUCGUGCAGGAGAACCAUGGGAUGAGAAGGGUCUUUCUGAAAUCACUGAAAUAUAUAUUUCCCAUGGGGAUGAUACUAUUAAUUCUUUACAAUUUCAGUAUGUUGAAAAUAGAACCCUAGUGUUGUCCGAGCAACACGGAGAGUCUGGGGGUCGAUUCUUCAAUGUUGUACAUCUCAACCAUCCAUCAGAGUAUAUUACUGGGAUAGCAGGCAAUGUUAAUUCCUAUAUCAUCAGUGCACUUACAAUUACUACGAAUAUAACAACAUAUGGACCCUUCGGCAGCCAAACGAAAGUUGCUGGAUUUGACUUUCGACUUGGUAAUUUACGUUUGUUUGGUGGAUUUUAUGGACACUUUUUAAGAAGGAAUGAUGGUACAGUAUCUCUCAGCGCCAUUGGAAUUUAUGUUAAUCCCACCAGUAAUCUGCCAACUUCUACCGAAGAUAGAGUCAGAGGUGCCGCACUGCCACUUGGAUCUGAGACUUCAAAAUAUUUAGGGUCAUGGCCUGCAAAAUGAAUGGUUCAAUAAAAGACAUUUUCUGAAGAGUUUAUCUUUAGAUUUUAUUUCUUAUCAAGUUAAUAUGAUGGUACCUUGCAUUAGUCAUACAGGCCAACAUGGUUAUUGGGUUAAUGCAAUCUUCUUAAUGUAAUUUUUUUUUUUUAAUCAUAG